GUGGCUGCGGACGGUCGCGCGUCGCUUCGUGAUUCGUAAAGACGAUCUCGAUUCGUGAAGACUCGAUGUUGUGACUCGAAUUCUAGUGCUAGUGUUGUGUUGUGUUGUGCUAUUGGAUUUGUCGAAAGUUGUAAAAGGUUACUUUCACGAAGCUGUAUUGAACCUACAUAGGGCGAUGACGUGAGAUGCGGCGAUGUCGGCGCGGUGCCCCUGACAACAUGACGACACUGCUGCUGCUGCUGCUCGUGCUGCUUGCGACUGCCGUCCCGAGCUUGUGCUCGCACCGGCACGGGCACGACAUAUCCACAGAGGGCCCCGACCCCGACGUACAGAGGGACAACGCCACGCAUCAUGGGAAGGACCGAGGUGGUUGGUCACAGUGGAGCGAGUGGUCGCUGUGUUCUCGGACGUGCGACGGGGGGGUGUCGCGACAGCUGCGGACCUGCGCCUCCCCCGCCGGCUGCCGGGGGGAGCCCGUGAGAUACAAGAUAUGCAAUAUGCAGCCCUGCAAAGGCAACUCAUCACUGCUAGAAGACGUGUGGCGCGAGCAGCAGUGCAGCGCGCACGACGCCACCCCGUACGGCGGCGAGCUGUUCCACUGGCGAGCGCACAGGGACGACGACGAACCGUGCGCGCUCACGUGUAGAGGCACGCCGCAGCACAGCGGCCAGAGCCCCGAGCCGACGGUGGCGCUGGAGGACGACGAGCGAGUGGUGGUGGCGGUGUUGGCGGCGCGCGUAUCCGAUGGCACGCGCUGUCGGCCCGGCAGCCUCGACAUGUGCAUCGAUGGACGGUGUCAGCGUGUCGGCUGCGACCUCCGCGUUGGUUCGUCGCGGCGCGUGGACGAGUGCGGGGUGUGCGGGGGGGACGGGUCGUCGUGUUCUCGCCCGCGGUACCACUGGCUCGCUACGCCGGGAUCGCUGUGUUCCGCUACUUGUGGAGGAGGUUAUAAGAUGUCGCUGGCUGUGUGCCGUGACCGUCUGACGGGUCUGGACGCGCCGGAGGAGCUGUGUGACGGUUCCGGCAAGCCCGCCUCCGCCGUCGUGCGCUGCAACACCCAUCCUUGCCCCUUCAAGUGGUACGUGGGGGAGUGGGGGGCGUGCAGCGCGACGUGCGGCGGCGGCGUGCGCGAGCGCCGCGUGCUGUGCGCGCGCUCCGCCAACCUCAGCCGCGCCGACACAUACGACCCAGAGACGAGCUCCGAGCCGGGCUGCGUAUCGCCGGCGCCGCGCUCGACGCAGCCCUGCAACGACGAGGAGUGCGCCACCUGGGUCGCCGGACCCUGGUCUGGGUGCUCGGUGUCAUGCGGCGCGGGGGUCCAGGUGCGUGGUGUGGAAUGCUCGCCGGCGGGGGGCGGCUGCGACCCCGCCGCCCGCCCAGACAUCUCCCAGCCCUGCUCCACCGGCAUCACCUGUCCAGCGUACAGAGAGGCCGAGCCGGAGGACGACAUUGAAGAUCUGUUACCUGGGGUGGUAUACCACACGCAGCCGCUGAUCCAGCCCUACCCGCCGCGCGCUGAACAGCUGGUCGGAGACCCAGAUGUGCCUGUUGAAGCUACUUACAUCAAGGACGAUGAGUGGGGACCUUGUAGCGUCACUUGUGGAGAAGGAUGGAGGAAGAAGGAAGUUCACUGCAAGAUCUUUCUAGAAUUCAGCAGAACGAUCGCGAAGCUACCGGACAGCAAAUGCAUGGGGCCAAAGCCUGCGGAGGAGACGGAGAGAUGCUCAAUGGAACCGUGCUCGAUGGCAUACGGCACGUCGUUUGGUGACUCCAGUGCUCCUGCUUAUAAUAACGGUGGUGCUGAUAGGUCUCUGAUAUUCGGCACGAGCAGUAACAUCAGAGUCGCGCCCGGUUCCCCCGGGAAGUCUUAUUCCUGGAAGGAGAAGGGCUAUACCAGCUGCAGUGCAUCCUGUUUGAGUGGUGUUCAGGAACUAAUAAUCCAGUGCGUCCGGGACGAGGACGGCAAAAAUGCAUCCCCAUACAUGUGCGACCCUCUCACAAAGCCGGAGAAUAGAGUCCGGACCUGCAACGACCACCCCUGCCCGCCGAGAUGGAAUUACACGGAGUUCUCCCAGUGCACCAAGUCGUGCGGCAUCGGCAUACAGACCAGAGAAGUCACCUGCAUACACGAGGUAACCCGCGGCGGCACAAACACGGUGGUGGUACCGAACAGCAUGUGCCCGCAGCCGCCGCCGCCCGACCGCCAGUACUGCAACGUGCUGGACUGCCCCGUUCGCUGGCACACCGGCGACUGGUCCAAGUGCUCCAAGACGUGUGGAGGAGGAGUUAAGCAGAGAGAGGUGGUGUGUAAGCAGAUAAUGGCGCAGUCUCACGUGGUGGAGCGGCCGGCGGGCCAGUGCGGCGCCGCUCGCCCGGCCUCCACUAAGGCCUGCAACACCAGACCCUGCUUGCUCGAUACAGCAUCACCAGAGAUCGCGCUCGCCAACUCCUCUUACAUACAGCACGACCCUAAGAAGAAGAAGGUGACAGUAAAAGUUGGGGGUUCAGCGACCAUAUUCUACGGCACGCAGCUGAAAAUCAAGUGUCCUGUGAAGGGAUACAACAGGACGAGGAUACAGUGGGCCAAGGACAACCAGAUCAUAUCCAAGUCCAAGAAGUACAAGAUAUCUAAAAAGGGUGCGCUCCGCAUCACCUCGGUCUCGUUACGCGACCACGGCGUGUACACGUGCGCCGCGGGACGCUCGUCCGCCAGCCUGUCACUGUCCGUGAAGCCCAGACCAGGAGAGUUCCCCUCGUCGGAGGAGAUCGACAGACACAAGGCACUGGAUGAACCCUCGUCACCGCUGGCUGAUAGAGCGGACGGGCGAUACCGCGCGAUGGUGGGCGGGGACGACCAGUCGCACGAGCAGCGCCCGGGGGACCAGAAGAAGAGCUAUAAGGGGAAGCAGAAAGGUAAAGUGGACAAGGUGCGCGACGCGCUCUACGGCACGACCAGCACGCGAGCCGCGCCCAGCUACAACUCACAGGCGAGGGACAUCUACGAUGAGAACGAGGAGAGUGCCGUGUCGUCUCAGAUGCUCCCGCCCAAACGGAACGGCGCGGCCUCGCUCGUGCCAUGUCUACAUUACCUUAUGAUGCAACUACAGACGUUGUGGACCUUCCAGACGAUCACGAACUCCAGGGGUCAGCGCACGGUGGACUCCGUGAUGUACGAGAACUACGGCCCGCCCAUACAGACUCAGGUCAUCAACCUCCCAGACAAGCAGCUAGUCUUCCCGCAAGAUGAUGAUUCAGACAUCAUCAUAGUCAACGAAGACUAUCACAAGACCAACUUCAACGAGAGGAAUCACAUAGAUGAUGCUGAUGAAAUUGUUGAAACUACGACUUUUAAAGCUACUACAGCUGCAGACGCGAGCGAGUACGUGUGGAAGACCACUGAUUGGUCUCCGUGCAGCGCCCCCUGUGGACAGACCGGGCAUCAGAUCAGGGGAGCUGUAUGCCAGCACAAGGUCGAGAACGACACGCGGACGGUGGAGGCGGAGGAGUGUUUAUCCCGUCUCUCUGCGCCAGCCGUGCUGCGAGACUGCACGAGUGACUCCUGCGCGCAAUGGACCGCCGCGCCAUGGUCCGAGCCGAGAUGUCUGCCUAGUGGAGCUGCGGUACAGCGGCGGCGCGUGCAGUGCGUCUCCGGCGCGGGCGUGCGGCUGGCGGACGCGGCGUGCGUGUACAGCGCGCCGCCCGAGCGUGCACGUCGCGCCCCGCCCUGCCACCCGCAGUGGGUCGUCGGCCCGUGGACCAAGUGCAAAGGUCCAUGCGGCGCCGCGCGUCAGCACCGCGUGCUGCGCUGCGUGUGGCGGGCCGCGGGGGCACGGCGGCGGGGGCGGGAAGCGCGGCGCGAGCGGCCCGCUGCGGCCUGCAACUCGCCGCGACCUGACGUCACGCGGGAUUGUGUCGUCGAGUGCACGACGGAUGUCCCCUGCAAGGACACGUCUCGAUUCUGCGAGAACGUCCGCGCGAUGCGGUUGUGCGCGCUGCGGCGGUACCGCGACCAGUGCUGCAAGACCUGCGACGACUAGGCCAAAGAAUUCUCCUUCUUUCGUAUGGCCGACUCAACGAGUUGCCAAUGUCAGAGUGGCUCGAGUAGACUUUGCUCUGUUGUUAGUCUGGUGGAGCAACAAGGGUGCGAUUACCCACGGAAUUGUUACAUAAGUAUUAUCGUGUGAUCCUACGUCAGUUUGACACUGACAGUAACAUGUGUCAGCGUUGACAGGUGACGUUUUCAGAAUUGAGUGGAGCAGGGAAGAAGAACUUUGAUAGGUCUACCCUUUUAAUUUUAAAUAUCGAGUGGUAGACCCAUCAGCGAAGCUUUUUGGCCCGCCUCGGUGUAGUUUUUAUCUCGAAAACGUCAAGUGUCAUACGUCAAUUAACGUUUGAAGUUUGACAUUGACAUGUUGAAUGACUUUUUGUUUACUAGCAACAUCUUCAAUGAACUUUCAGUUAAAUCAAAUGUACUUAAAUAGUUAUACGAGAUUAUCAGUGUUUUAUAUCGCGAAUAUACGGAACUCGAAUGGGUAAUCUAGUCGUGAUUGUAUUUAAAUACAGCGUACAGCGUACUGGGUACUUAGACGAGUUUCAUUUGACAAUUUUAACAGCCUACUUAGAAGUCAAAAAUGUAUGGGAUUUGACAUAACGCGUCGCUAAGUGACAUACACGCUUGCGAUGCCUUAUGUCCAAUCUCAUACAUCUUAUUCCUUACUUCUCUGUCGGAAUUGUCGAAUACAAGUUGACUAAGAACUCUGCAAAUUAAUAACGCUGCUGUAAAAGAAACACUAGUUUAAAUUAUGUAAACUAUUGUUAUUUUGAAUUACUGUGUGUUCUGUUAAAAUAUUAAAUUAGCUAUGGAAUAAUAAAAUUCAAUCUCCAAAGUAAAAAAAACAAUUCCUUGCAGUAUAAAAAUAUAGGAUAAUGAAUUUUCAUCGCCUGAAAUAAAGUUACCUGCUAAAGACUGGUUGUGGAACAUGCAGAAAUUUGUACAUUGACCCAUCACUACUUGCCCAUUUUCGCUCGCGCACAAAAAUAUAUCUAGUUCUUAUCUAUGCCAACGCGAGAAUAAAAACGUGGUUUGAAAUUAAAGAGAGCCGCAUAGAUUUGCGCGCGAAAGGACAGGUGAGGAUAGGUCAACGUACAUUUUCUCGUGCUCCAUGUCCGGACUUUACCCUAAUACACAAUUUUUUAUAAAAGUACCAUGUUCUUGUAACUAGUGUGUAGUUAUUUAUUAUGUUAAUGAAUGAUUGUAUGCAAAGUAUGACGUGCCAUUUUCUGGUCUUUAGUUAAAACGUUCCAGCGUUUUUUACUUUCCUUUUUCCUUUUGUUAGUUCUGUGGUUUAUUAUUAAAUAAAGUUCUCAUCCUGCGCUGCAUUCCCACAUUUCGCCCGGAGCUUUAAAGAGAAUACUUUUAUCAAAAUAAUAACUUAAAUAUUCAACGACAUUCCAUUUUGUGAGCAUUCUCCACAAUCGAAAGUGUAAAUUGUUUUAAAUAUUGUAUUUUAAUAUAUUCUAGCGUAAGUAGCCAACAAAAUAUUUAGAAGAAAUAUUUUGUACGAUCAUAGCCACGUGUAAAUACACAUAUUAUAUAGUAUAUAAGCACUCGCUACGCUUAUAUAUAAUUAAAUGAAUCGUUGAAGUUGCACAAAAAUAGUUGAUGCAAUGAAUGUAUAGGGACGUAGUCGAAGCCAAAACUGUUGAGGACACUCGCGUGAAGUGUUUAGUGAAUUAUAUUCAAAAUUAUUUAUAAUGUGAGUUGUUACUAUUCCUUUGAUCGAAAUUUAUCUCGCGACUAUCAUAGAUAGCUAAAAUAGAGCAUUACUACUAUCAGUUAUAUUAAAAAUAUAUUCGUAUAUUGUAUACUAAAUUCUAAUGAUAAAAGCAAUAUAAAGUCGCUUAAAUAUAUAAUGUAUAUAGUCGGCGUGGAUGAUAUGUGCCCUUCGUGGAAUGGGAGUUAGGCAAAUAUUUUUUCGACCAUUUAGUUAGAUAUAGCCAUCGUAACACGGUUCGAAGUGAAAUGUUAUCCGAUUUUAUGAAUUGUGCGUGAAAUCUGUUAUUUUUACCUAGCGAAUACGGCGCUAUGGCUCGCAGCUAAAAUUUAUAUUCAUCGUCAUAUGAAAAUGUUUAUUUUUCGUUUAGACCGUGAACCGUCCGUUGUUUUAAACGUUUUCGUUUAUAUCCCGAAACUGUGCUGUAUUUAGCUGCCAGCGAUAGCCGAAAGCUUAAAUUUAAUCCUAGUGACGAAUGUAUAGCUCAAUAAGUAAGAUGUAUUGUUUAAAUCACAAAAUCAUAUCGUCUGUAACUGCCAAUUAUAUAAAAUAGCAAAGAUAGCACUUUUGUCGGUGACCGUACUUCGCUUUUUGCGUUCGAAGAGUACUACGUCAGGGUAUCUGAAACAAUGUAAAAUUAAAAUUAUAUUUUCUGUUUUACUACGUAGUUAGUACAUUUUGUAAUGUUACAUGGAAAAUAUUCUGUAUUAAGCCCUUAAAAGAGAAUUUAAUGAUGAGACAAAUUCUGUUGCUAUUCGAGGACAGAUAGAUUCAUUCACCAUUAUUAUAAAACUUUUUAUAGUAUGUAACUUGUCAUCGUCAUUAUUGUUUAGUAAUAUUAUUAAUAUACUAUCGAUUCUGAAUUGUCCUGCUCUCUUUGGAGAUUAAACUUUAAUACAAAAUAUUUUCACAAAAGUAUUAAAUCGAGUUCAACAAGUAUUAAACAUUGGCAAUAUUAUUUUUAGCUUCAUAGUACAUAGACGGAAAUGUAUAUUGUACCUACCAAAUUUUCAAAUAUAAAAAUAAAUUAUAUGACUAAGUUACUGAA